AUGUACAAUUUCGUGCCAGCAUUCCUACCACUGUCCGCAACAGAACAACCCAUCGCCUGCAAGCUGCUCACAGAGGAUGAAAAGCAAAGGCUGGCUGCAAACCUGGGUACCAAGUGUACAGCCAACUGUGCGGCUGUCGUCUGUGUCUACGAACCGGAAGGAUCCACCGAUUGGCGUCUGCUUUACAGCGGAGUGGCAGCCAUCGUGAAGGACCGAACCCGACGGUCAUACUAUGGUGAUCGUUUUCCUGUGGGACUGGCUUUUGCUGAUGCCGAGGAGGCCAGCACCUUCCGGGACAGCUUCACCCACCUGCUAACUAAGUGGGGUCGGAGCCGGGACAGUGUGACACACAGUCACAGCGUGGACAAACCUAACACCGUCCAAGUUGACAUGCACAAAGGUUUCUCAAUAGUCACCUGUUCAGAGCUCUACGACCUCGUAAGUGGAGAUGGGGACGAUUUUUGGGUGGGGCAAAUGCCUGAUAGCACUGGCAGUCUCCUGGUCUCUGCGAAAAUAGCUAGCGCGUAUAAGCAAACCCUGCCCAUCGGUGCACCCACCAACUUUGUGCACUUACAACAUCUGGGCUUCAACAAGGAGUCGCAGCAGUUUGAUAUGUCGGGUAUCGAUGAUGAUAUGCUGCAAAAGUUCUUCAAGGACAACAAUCUGCAGGGUCUCUUAAAGUCUCAAGAGGAUGCCAAAUUUGCAAUAAAUUUCAUCGCCCAAAACGUGGGCAUCGAGACGUACCCUGCUAACACUCCAAAUCCUGAGGGCAUUUGCACCAUCCACGGUUUCAAAUUGACCUUCUGCCUGCUGGGUUUUGAUGAUGAUUUGGCACAGUGA